AUGGGUCUAAUUGGAUUAUGGAAUGUAAAGCGGAGAGCUCGGCGCGCAGUCGACAACUUUCAGUUUGUGAUUAAUAACGUUAGACGGUGAGGAUGAGACGAGAACGAUUGAGAAAUCUGAAAUUGUUUCAAGAGAGAAAUCGGGUCAGAAUCGAGUUUUGAAAAGGUCGGAACGGAUCAAGCAGUGGUUGUCGGCCGUUUAUCCGCCGUGGAAAAAAGAAGAAGAAAGGUCCGAUGGAAUGUACGAUCAACUGUUUAAGGACGGAACUCGAGCCAACUCGAUCGUCCUCUUGUUCCGCAACAUUUUCAUGAUCGAACUUUUCGGAGUGCUCAUGUAUCUUUUGUUGUCUUUCAAAUACUCCCAGUACCCUGAAUUGUAAGCUAGCAUCCCAAAAACCCUAUGGUGACUUUUUAUUCCAGAAUCGGCACGUCUAUUUCCAUCGUGAUCCAUGUGUUUCUCAUCUUCACUCUCCUGUUCCCAAAGGUAUGUUUAUCUUCGCAAAGAUUGCCAAUCAAAAAGCUUCAGAUGAUGACGUAUUUCAUGAUAUCAAUACAUGUUAUGCUGACGACCAAAAUCAAAAAUAUCAUUUUAAUUCUGCUGGUGACCAUGGCAUUCGAGGUUUUGCAACAACAACAAAAUAGUACAGUUUUGAUUUGAUCUAGGGCCCUGCGAUGAAUGUGAUCGGAAACAUUCAUCAGGUGGCUUCUGGAGUAGCGUGCGUGCAAGUCGAUGUGAUGAGCUCUCGGAAUGACGUGGAAGGCAAUGUGAUGGAUAAGGGCGCGAUGCUGGUCUCCCGGUUCCGGGCGGUCCUCCAGAAUGUGGCGGGUCCGAUGAACAAGGUGAAGAACAUGCUUCUCGUGCUGGAUGAGAAAAUGACAAAGUAAGGGCUCUGGUCAACCAUUCUAGCCGCCCAUUCCAGAUUUGUGGACAUCAUGCGUCGGCACUAUCAGGUCAUUGCUGGUUUGUCGAAUCAAUGCAGGAACAUGCUGCACACUCCGUACACAAAGUGCCUUGACAUAUUUGACGACGCCUACGUCUUCUGCAAAGGCAAAGCUCGCUUCCUGGGCAGUCACGGAGACGCCUGUGACAUGAUUCAGAAAACUGCGAAGGUAACCGCUUCACAUGAACUGAUUCUUUAUUCUCGUCUUUGAUCCCUUCAGAUUUGUCAUCAAGCGAAGGGAUUCUCGACGGAAGUGUGCUCUCUGCCCGCAAUAAUCGGAAAAGGAGUGAAGGGCGCCGCUGUUCCGUUCUAUUUCGCCUACUUUCAAGCCAUCGAAUUCGCAGUCAAGAAGAUAUUUUACGUGCACAUCGAGGCAGCGAAAUGGGCGAUGAACAAGGUUCAGCCGGUGAUUGAGGAGAUGAAGAAGGCAAAGACGAUUCGAGUGGAGUACGACUCUUCGGACGACGGGAAACCGAAUGCGGCGGACGACACGACUGCCAACCUGAGGGCGAGCAUCAAGAGAAGUCUCAUGAACAUCGUCAACGUCUACAUCCGAAUCAUCAACGUCAUCUCGUUCGUUCUUCGCUACUGUAUCAUGCCGUGUAUUCUCAUUUGGCCGUUCAUCUACGUGAGUUCUUGCAACAUUCCAAUGCGAAAGUCUAUAUUCAGACUCUCCGUUUCAUGUACAGUUACAACUACAAUGACGAUUACAAAAACAAGUUCAUCACGAAGGAAUUCAUGAAAAUCGAUCAGGACUGUGCGUUGCGAAGUGCCCGAAAGCAAUGCCUCUGACAUCUGAAGAAGCCAAAACGGUUGGUGAAUAAAAGACAAUUGAGAGGUUAAAAAAGAGUUGGUUUCAGUACUUGUGGCGUACGAAUUGGAAGAUGACAGAAAGUGAGCGACCUCGUUACCGUCUUGACAUUUUCAUCACCGUCGUCACUUGCGUCACUCCAUUCCUCAUGUGUCUUCUGGAUUACGGAGUCUUCACGGUCAGAAUCGGGCGCUCUUCCUCUUCCAAUCGAAUUCCCAAUUCAGACCCUCUCCACUGUGCACACUCUCAUGAAUCGGACGAACAUCGACACGCCGGCGCACUACGAACUCAAAGUGGCCGGAAAUGGAUCGAUGUCGGAGGUGAUGAACGAGUUUCUCGACAUUUUCUCGCCGUUCACAAAGAGCAUUCGAGAACGGGAGAACCGAUGGAGACGGUGCUUUCGGGAGCCAGACCCGCCCAAUUAUCCGGAGAACUCUUUGAUGCUCUGCAUGUUCAUCACUGCUCUCUUCCUUUGUCGGUUGAAGGUGAUCCCAUCGAAUGGAUCUCAGCUGAAAAUGUGAAAAUAUUUUUACAGGCGUAUUUUGGCAGGCAGAGCCUCGCAUUGGCCGAUCAUUUCUAUCCGAACCGCGUCCGCAUUCGGGCCCUCAGCUUGUACAAUAAAAUUCUGCAGAGCCGAAGGAACUUGCUCACCGAAAUGCUCGGAAACUCGAAGGUUAGCCUCAAAAUCAGCCUUGAACUGGGGAACGAAAGUUUCAGAAGGAGGUGUUGGGCAGUGAAGACGUCGUAAUCCGAAGAUCAAUGCAGAGCAGAGGCUAUUUGAGUUCCGAUUGUGCAAAGUGCGACAAGUACAACAUGAAAGUGUCGGAUCAAGAGUGGGAAAGCGAGAGUACGAGAGAUGAGUGCGAGAUUUCAGGAACGUGCGGGUCUGUAUCCACUGCAGUGCAUUCUAUUGCAUCAACUGUUUUUGCCUGACUCUGUUUUGUGUUCAAUGCGACGAAGAAAUGCAAACAGUCAACAAAAUAGAGCUUUAUUACGAAGAUGAUCACGAAAUUAUCGAAGAAUCUGGUUAUAUCGUAUUUUCAGUUAUAUUUUUUGAUUUCAAUAUUUUCAGAAACUCUUUCGAGCGAAUCUGAAGAGCAAGAGCAGAAUUUGGACGAAACGACGGCUUCGAAAGCGCCUUCCGACAGCACAAACACGUCGGCAGUUUGA